AUGUUCUCCAAAGCUGGUAAAAUCACCAGUGAGAAGUACAUAAUCUUCGCUCGUAAGGACGAGAUCCUCAAUCGUAAAAUGGGCAAACGAGUGAAGAGCCAUCUCUUUGAAAUCCCAAUCCCUGAAACCCAAGAAAAACAACUAACUCCAAAUGCUCAACAAGCCUUAAAAACACAAUAACCCUUCACAAAGCAAUUAUCGAGAGCAGUUGGCAAUUACACCAAAAUCGGAUGCGAUGGCUAACCUCCCUGUGGCUAUUACAAUCCAAAAUUCAAUCAAUUAGAUAAAGCAAAUCACAUAGUUCCUGAUUACCAAAAGAGUCUUGUCAAAUCCACUCCCAGAUAAACUACCAAAAGAGUGCAGAGUGCCAUCAAUUUCGGAAAUAAAGAGCCCAUUCCUGAAAAGCAAGUGUGGAAGAGAGAUUGCUUCGUUGAUAUGUCGAGACAAACUGGAAGAUAGGAAGUGUUUUUCGGUUAACCAACGCCACACGAGGAGAGAUUCAACUUUCUCAAUAUCACUACCCAAUUCAGCAAGGUUCCAAGAACUCCGCAAUAUUCCAUGAACAAAUCGCUCUCCAGAGAAUAAAUGACUGUCUAUAAGAGGAAGCAUUAUGCUCCAGAUUACGAGCCUAAUUUUGAAUUUGGCAGGAGAAAAUUAGGAUCUGCAGGACCGAAGUUUGACUCAAAGAAGGGGAGAGAUGACAUCAUGACUAAGAAAUCGGAUUACACUUUUGAAGAAUACUUUGAAUUCGACAUUUAUUCCAGAUCUCAAAAGAGUCAGAUCUACAGAGUGCCCACUGCUCCCAACUUCGGGAAAAUGAUUGACAGGGAACACGAUCACAGAUCCAUUUUGCCAUCCUAUAUGCAGAAUUAGCACACGCAAACCAGAAUAGGGAUUACUCAUUUGUCUUAGAAAAUGCUGGAAACCAACAAUUUCAGUGAUGGGAGAUUUUAGACAAUCACUUCUAGUUUUGUGCCUCCUCCGAAGUAGAUCGUUGAGGAAGAAGAAAUCAAAUGA